AUGGCUUGGCCAAAAAGUUUGGGCUUACUCCUGAGCAGUUUGGGGAGAACCUCCGGGACAGCUAUCAGCGGCAUGAGACAGAGCAAUUCCCUGCUGAACCCUUAGAGCUGGCCAAGGAUUAUGUUUGCAGCCAGUUCCCCACUCCAGAAGCUGUGCUAGAAGGUGCCCGCUACAUGGUAGCAUUACAGAUCGCCCGGGAACCCCUUGUUCGACAGGUGCUGAGGCAGACCUUCCAGGAGAGAGCCAAGCUAAAUAUAACUCCUACCAAGAAAGGUAGAAAGGAUGUGGAUGAGGCCCACUAUGCCUAUUCCUUUAAAUACUUAAAGAAUAAGCCUGUUAAAGAACUGAGAGAUGACCAGUUCCUGAAGAUAGGCCUGGCUGAAGAUGAAGGACUACUCACCAUUGACAUCAGCAUAGAUAUGAAGGGAGUUGAAGGCUAUGGCAAUGACCAGACGUAUUUUGAAGAGAUCAAGCAAUUUUACUACCGAGAUGAGUUCAGUCACCAGGUACAAGAGUGGAACCGGCAACGCACCAUGGCCAUUGAGCGAGCGUUACAGCAGUUCCUAUAUGUGCAAAUGGCCAAAGAACUCAAGAACAAGCUGCUGGCUGAGGCCAAGGAAUAUGUUAUAAAAGCUCAAGAUAUUGAAACUCUAAAGAAAUUUCUUCUGAAUAAGAAGCCUCAUGUUGUGACAGUUGCAGGAGAGAACAGGGAUGCCCAGAUGUUGAUUGAGGACGUGAAGCGCAUUGUGCAUGAGCUGGACCAAGGCCAACAACUCUCUUCUAUUGGAGUGGAGCUGGUCGAUAAUGAAUUGGCCAUUCUUUAUAUGAACAGCAAGAAGUCAGAGGCAGAGUUCCGGGAUUACCCACCAGUCCUGAGACAGGCUGUCUCCCUGGCCCGGCGCAUCCAAGACCCUUUGAUAGAGUUUGCCCAGGUGUGCAGCUCUGAUGAAGACAUCCUAUGUCUCAAGUUUCACCCCUUGCAGGAACAUGUUGUCAAAGAGGAACUCCUCAACGCCUUAUACUGUGAAUUUAUCAACCGGGUCAAUGAGGUUGGAGUUGAUGUCAACCGUGCCAUUGCCCAUCCUUACAGCCAGGCUUUGAUCCAAUAUGUCUGUGGCCUGGGGCCUCGGAAAGGAACUCACCUGCUGAAG